UGGCUGCUGUGAUUAGUGCUGUAAUCUCCAUAUCAGCUUUUACAUUUCAAACCAGAGAGGGAAAUUAAUUCAGUUCUAGGAUCCGCUCCUUUCAUAUAUUUUUCCCCAAAACACCAUUUGCUCAGCAAACAAAUGAACGGGGAAAAGCCGUAACUUUGUUCUCGUCUUAAAGGCGAUCAAAUACCCCAAUUUUUACAAAUCCCUUGGAGGAUGGAAGUUCUGCUGCAUGGGGCGACCUGAAGAGCCGGAGCACUGCAUGUGGGAGGAGGAGGAGGAGGAAGGAUGGACGGGCUGGCUCAGCUCUAACACAGCCGGUUGGUGAGGACACCGAUGCUCCAGGGCCGCAUCCGUCGGGAAUCGGCUGCGAUUUGCUGGGCUGAGCCCACGUGGCUGCAGGUUUGGCAUCGAGGGGAGCACACGCGUGACUUACGCUGGUUGGAGCCCUCCGGCGUUUACACCUUUAGUGAGCUGGACCCUUUUUUCCACUACUGUCCAUCCAAACACCUUGUUUCAUACGAGUCCAGUUUGGGUGCGCGGCGUCGCAGGUGUUUAUACGUUGUUUUUUAAGAACCGUCCUCAAUCGUUGCAAACCGAAGCGCGCUGGCAAGCAGAAGCUGCUACAGAUGUUUCCAUGAGAAGGUUGCAGCUCUUCUUUCUGGUUAAGCUCCGCAGGCACAUAUCUAAUUACAGCUUUGUGGCCCGAGAUAAGGUUAUAGGGGAGGGAAGUGCGUGCUGAAAAUCAGUUUAAAUGAUUUGAGGGCAGCGACUUAGUGCUGGGGUGCUGCCUUUGCACCGAGAGCGGACGCAACAUGCUGGCGGCACGCACGGGGACCAUGGGGGGUAAAAAUGCUGAGGAAACGCUGAAGCUGAGGAAGCAGUCGGUGCUUUCCCUGGGGAGCAGGGAGAGAACUCUGAAGAGCUCCUCGGAAAGCGUGAAGGAGGGCCGGGCGCGGGCCGGCCAGCCGCAGCAGCGUGCCCGACGGCUGGCUCUGCUGCGGGAGCUGGAGAUGAACUGGUACCUGCGGGUCUGCGAGCUCUCCCACGAGUACACCAUCGCCUACACCACCGGCAUGCCUCACAGAAACCUUGGAAAAUCCGGACUGAGAGUUUCGUGCCUCGGGCUGGGGACAUGGGUCACUUUUGGGGGUCAGAUCUCAGACGAGGUGGCCGAGCAGCUGAUGACCAUCGCCUACGAGAGCGGCGUCAACCUCUUCGACACGGCCGAGGUGUACGCGGCCGGCAAGGCUGAGGUGAUCCUGGGGAACAUCCUGAAGAAGAAGGGCUGGAGGAGGUCCAGUCUGGUCAUAACAACAAAACUGUACUGGGGUGGAAAAGCCGAAACGGAAAGAGGGCUCUCGAGAAAACACAUCAUUGAAGGGCUCAAGGCUUCUCUCCAGAGGCUGCAGCUGGAGUACGUGGACGUCGUCUUCGCCAACCGGCCAGACAACAAUACCCCCAUGGAAGAAAUUGUCCGAGCGAUGACACACGUAAUAAAUCAAGGCAUGGCGAUGUACUGGGGAACGUCGCGCUGGAGCGCCAUGGAGAUCAUGGAAGCCUACUCCGUAGCCAGGCAGUUUAACAUGAUACCGCCCGUGUGUGAGCAAGCUGAAUACCAUCUCUUCCAGAGAGAGAAAGUGGAGGUUCAGCUGCCAGAAUUAUAUCACAAAAUCGGGGUCGGAGCGAUGACGUGGUCUCCUCUAGCCUGUGGGAUCAUCUCAGGGAAAUAUGGCAACGGGGUCCCUGAAAGCUCAAGGGCUGCACUAAAGUGCUACCAGUGGCUGAAAGAGAAAAUCGUGAGCGAGGAGGGCAGAAAGCAGCAGGGGAAGCUGAAGGACCUGUCGCCCAUCGCCGAGCGCCUGGGCUGCACGCUGCCGCAGCUGGCCGUCGCAUGGUGCCUGAGAAACGAGGGGGUGAGCUCCGUCCUCCUAGGAUCUUCCAACCCCGAGCAGCUGAUAGAGAACCUCGGAGCCAUCCAGGUCCUUCCAAAGAUGACAUCUCAUAUUGUAAACGAAAUAGAUAACAUUCUGGGAAACAAGCCCUACAGCAAGAAGGACUACAGAUCAUAAUGCAAUGCAUGAAUUCCCUGGACUGCAUGGUUUAAAAAGUGCUCUGUACAGAAGUACAGCCCUGAAUUAAUAUCCGGUCAUGAGAAUCAUUCAGCAGCUUGCUGCUCGGUGUCUACUGUCACUGGAUCCUUCGAGAUGUGUGCUGUUGCUACUAAUCUGCAGUGAAAUUUAAAAGCACAGUUGAUCUCUCUUCUAACCGAGAAUAAUCUUGUAUUUUCUUACCUUCGACUGAAUUCAUUAAUUUUUACUUUACUCUUAGCACCUCAUGCUUGUGCUGUGAAAAACAAUUGUAAAGCAAAAAAUAAUUUAUAACCUUCAGGUACUUGGUAAUUAAAGAAGGAUGUACAGAUCUAUUUUUUCAAUGCAGAAAAGCCAGAUACAACUUAAGGUUUUAAUAAAACCACAUCUGGGAAAUCUCAACUAUAAAGUUUCUUCAGGUUAACAGAUAGAAGGGGCAAGCUCAGAUUUUCUGAUUUCUUUUUUUAUGCUGAAUUAUAUGCUUUAGAUUUUGUUUGUAGAUGAAUAAAGGAUGUAAGACAGAGAAUUAGUUAGAAAUUAGCUCAACUCCUAACUAUACAAUUAUUUCAGCUGUGGAGUGCUCCUAGGAAGUAUUUCUCAGUACAAGGCCGAAGAGCACAGUUAGAAAACGCGAACACGCAUGUCAGGUUAAUGAAAACAAUGGCUGUUUGCAAAAUUCUAAUUCUACGUAAACCUUAAACCAAGAAAUCCACGAUAAAAUAUUGGGGUUUUCAUCUAUAGAAACCUGCCUCUACUUCUGCCUGCUUGUAGACAGAGCUAUUGCAAAUUUCAAUAUCAUGAGCUUUUAAGGAUAUAGAUACUUAUAAAUAUAUAUAAUAUAUAGCUGCUGAAAAAUAUCAGAAAAAAUCAGGUACGUACUUUGGUGGAAGGCUACGUUUGCUUUAACUUGUUCUGGAAUCGGGCAUAAGUAAAUGCAUAGUAUUUUUCAGACAUGUUUUAAACAGGUAGUUUUCUGUGAGUAUUUCAUCCCUCUACAGGAGUUGAUUGUAAGCAUUUGUCUCUUAAUUUGCCCAUCUUAAGAACCACAUCAAGUUUUACCAGUUUGCUUUGUAAAACGCACCUCUGGUUUCGGUAUUUCUGACUCCUCUCAAAUGGCCUGUUUUGGGCACAGACUUCCUGGGGGGCACAGCUACGUACAGUGUUUGUAGGACCCUCGUAUCCUAGUCCCCCGAGCUCCAGGGUAUCUGCAGAGUGUGUGCAGUGUCCCCGUGAACGGAUACUAACCCUGGAGUUGUCUUCUCCUGUAUUUAACCCAACGAGCUAUGGUAUGUGUAAAUGAACUUAGCUGCUGUAUAUCCAGAAAUGCAGUCUGACUUUGACUUCUGCUUGGACACAAUAAAAGCAUUUUGUGCAUCUAA